GCUGAAGACAUCAUUGGCUUGAUAGAGGGCGUUCUCUUGGCAGCAAGCCAGGCUCCGGAGCAUGUGUGUGAGACAACUUUGAGCCUGAUUGAGGCGGCAAUUCUGCUGAAUCUCACCUCGUACCGGGAAGUUUGCGCUGAACUUGAAGAGGACUAUGAGGGCAAUGCGCCAGAAAGUGUUCCGGACUUCGAGGGAUCAGUGGCGGACCUUGUGGCAAUGGCAGCAUUGACGCAGGCCAGCGAGUUCUUGAACAAGAGCAAGGCGAGCACAGUGCAGGACAGCAUCGUGCAGAUGAGCUUCGCGACUGUCGCCAACGUUUCUGCCUUCGCGGACGGGCUUUGCAUGGAAGUAUCAUCUCGAUUGUUUUCUCUAUUUGAGCGCUGUGCCAAAGCAGUGCAGCUCAAGCGCAACAGGCAAGGCAUUGCCAACCAUCUUCCCCUCCUUUUGGAAGUCUUCGACAAUGCCCUCCAGUACAGAUACUCGAGCAAUACGAAUCUUGCUUACGGCCUGAUGACCCGACAGGCCAUUUUCCGAGAUCUUGUCUCGUUCGUACCACAGGUCCAGACUGCUGAUGUGGCUCAGGAGGGUGACAAUGCUCUAGAGCUGAAUCGGCAAUGGCAGGAAGCAGUUGAGGUUCAUCUCUUUCCCAUUGCGGGUCUCCUUGAAGCAACGGUGCCAAUUCUGGAAGCAGAGGUGGAAAAGCACGAGAUCUCAAACUCAGACGAAGCCAAGGAGCUGCUUCCCAGGUGUAUACUGGGGUUAAUGCCUCUUCCACAUGCUUUCCAGUUGAGGAACCUCCGACGGUGCGCUGCAACGCACGUUGCCUGCGAGCACGUGCUGGCGGCAUGCCUCAGCGAUGGACCCUACUCUCCCCUUUGGGAUACUGAGGAGGAGUCCACUCCACAUGCUUCCCAGGCCCACAGGGAUACAAAGCCAUCUGCUUGGUCAUCGAUUUUAUUGCUUUUCGAUGCUUUUCGUGUUUCUUUUGCUCCGAAUGGUGUGCAGAUAUGGAUUCAGUUCUAG